CGUUUCACAACCACAGGGGCCCACGUGCUCGGACGUGUUCCCUGACGCGGAACGGUGGGACCACCUCAUCAACACCUUGGUUCCCCACUUCAGUGUCGCUGUGCAACGGGGCCCAACCGUCAGCCAUGGGUCGCCUGCGCGCUCGGGUUUUGGCUCCGCCGCCAUGGGAGCUCGAUCUGGCAGCUGUCGCCCCUAGACCUGGUUGUUAGGAUCCCUUGGAUCUCGGUAACCACCACGGCGUGAUCCUUCCGCGCCAUAUGUGCUUCAACCGAUGGCUACUACAGCCGCCGAGGACAAUUUGUUCCUACCACGGCACAAGGUGUUCUAACCACGACAGUCGAGGGCUACAGCUACAUCUUCGGUUUUUGUCUCGCGAGGAUGGAAUCUCAAGAGAAAAAUAUUGUACUUCCUACCCCCCAAGGUUGAUCUUGCCCUCAUCGAUUGGAUUAAAGAAAUACCUUAUGAACCAAGGGUAGAAGUUGUGCUUAUCGAUGAUGCCUUUGUGGAAAGAAAAUAGAUGGAAUGUCUAUUUCAACCGGGCGCAUAUCUAGGUGAUGAGGUAAUCCAUGAUUAGUUUUUCAUCUGGUGACCCUGGUAUGUAUAAUUUUUUUACUCACCCUGGUAUUUUUAACCUUAACUUACUUGCAAGUGAUAGACUGUUACAUAAAUUUAAUAAAAGCUCAACAACAUCUAAAGUGCAGAUCUUGAGGUCGUGUACACAUAGAAAAUGCUUUUCAGUUCAACUUUCUAAAGCGAGACGGUGAUGUUGAAACUAAAACAGAUGAGUUAUAUCCAAUUAAAGACAUGGCACAAAUAUGUAGUGCUGAACGAAAGGUUUUACUCUACCUAGACCAUGAUAUGGUAAAUAUGAGUUUGUUAUUUAGACGGUUAGUGUUUACACAUAUUUUAUAUUUUAUAUAGAAUAUUUAUAAUUGUUUCGUAGGUGUUUGUUCCGAUAAACAUCCGAGGAACGCACUGGUAUCUUGCUGUCAUCAAUGCAAGAAAUAUGGAGAUACCAGCGCUCAAUUCACUUGGUACUUCAUUCGACCGCAAUGACCUCACGGACUCGGUGAGUUUGCACAAACUAAACAAUUACUAAUUGAAAGUUGCCUAGAGGGGGUGAAUAGGCAAGUUAAAACUUUUUCAACAAAACUAGAAACAAACUGGGUAAAACCGGUGUUGGGGACUUGUUCUCAAAUGUUAUGAAUUAAAAACAAGGCAACAUAAAAUAUUAAAUAUCAAAGCCCUUCGUCCGCUGAAGCAUUAUUUCCCUGAGGAUUUAAUGAGCUUCGGACGAAGGUCAUAGAUGAUAAACUACGAAGGUCUUACCUUCGUAGUCAGAAGUAAAAUAAUGCAAAAUAAAAUAUGAAGCAUAAAAUGUUAAAGAAUAUUAAGAAUAGAUAACAUCAUUUACUCAUUUUACAAUAUAAACUCAGAUAUUAAAACAUGAUGUUUGAUUACAUUUAUACCUUUUCCUUGACAAAAGAACAAUAAUUCCAGAGUAAUGCGUUAGCAGUUACAGGAUUGCGUGAGCAGUAAAGGAAUAUUGUUCACUAUUUAUAGGCACAGGACACAGCCUGUAAGGAAUUACAAUCAUACCCCUUAUAAAAGUUUACAACAAUGACUCAGACCCUUAUGGACUAAAAGGUCAUUCCAUCUUUAAGUCGGUUUGAUCCUUCAUCUUCGGAUACGCUAUAACAUGAAGCUUCAUGAGUGGUAGCUUCGGCAUCACGUAUAAGCAGCUUUUGCUGAAGCUGUUUCUUCCUGCAGGACCUUCGGCGAUGAAGCAUGGUCCCAACAGUAGCCCCUUCGCGGUACUAGAUCGUUUUUCCUAACGAGCUUGAUCCAUGAAAAAAGUCUCUUAGGCUUCGAGAAGCCGAAGGUCCGAAAACACCUUCCCUGAGCUCGUUGCCGGGAAACGAUACACUUUCUGAACGCGGAGUGGUCCCACCAUGCAGGUUCACCUUCUCUGUUUUUGCGGCCCACCGUUCAGUGGGUGCGAGCGACUGUUUGUCCGGUGUAAAAAACUUGACGAUUCACCUUCUUACCUGCAGCACUAUAUAAACAGACGGGUAGGUGUAAAGUUACCACAACAUUCAUUGCCAUUGCACUGUUUUGCUGCCAAAAAUUUAACCAUAGCCAAAGCUUGACUUUUGCAUUCAAACGAAGCUCCACUUUGGAUUCUGCUUCGUCACAAGAAGAGCUUCGGAAAAAAGGUUAUUAAUUUCCAAGGAAUUUUCAAGAAUUUUAAAAUCAAAAUGGCCAGAGUAUGCUCCACUGCUAGGGUUGAGCGUGAUGGGGAUGAGACCGAAGCCACUGAAACCGUUCCGAUUUCCGAAGCAAUGAGGCGUUCUGGGCUGAUUUCAUCAGAGGACACACCUGCUGCCGAAGCAACACAAGCUGAUGUUGAAGAAGUUGGUUCCGAAGAUGAGUACAGCUGCGGGAUGCCAAGUAAACCUAGUCAUCUGGACUUUGAAAAGUCCACCAUCUCUGAAGCUGAUCUUUCCAAAAUGGUGAAGCUGAGCUAUUUCAGUGAAGCAAAAAAGGAGCUGGUUCGUUUUGGCGGAGAGGAGAUUACUCCGAAGCCGGAAAAGAAUGAGGUGGUAGUGUUCAAAAGCUUCUUUAAAGCAGGAUUAAGAUUUCCUUUGAAUGGGAUGAUUGCUGAUGCUUUGAAGAAGUUUGGGGUUUACCUUCAUCAGCUGACCCCUAAUGCUAUCGUUAGAUUAAGCGUUUAUAUUUGGGCCCUUCGUAGCCAAGGAGUGGAACCGCUCGGUGAAGGUUUCUGCCGAGUUCAUGAAUUACACUACCAGACUAAAGCCAGAGGAGAUGGUCUGCAUGAGAAUUUUGGCUGCUACAACUUUGCUUAUCGCAAGACUACGAAGUUUCCAGUGAUAAGCUACCGAAGCAAAUCGCCAGCCGGAUGGAAGUCUGAAUGGUUUUAUGUUAAAGUUGAUGAAGAUGAAGAUAAAUUGGUCCAGAGUUCGCUAGAGCUAACCUUCGGAGAGACGAGGCCCCGAUGCAACAUGAUAAGGGGGAGCCCGAGCCAGAUUGCUUUGGCUAAAUUUCGAGUGAUUUCAGAUCAUAUUGGCACUAGAGACCUAGUGCAGGAAUUCUUGGCUUUUAAGGUGUUCCCAACACUGAGGGAGUGGGAAAUGCCGAAGCUAGUGGGUGAAAAGAAAAAGGGAGAACUUGUUCGAUUGCCUUAUCAUUACAAGUUUAAGAAACAUUUUAAAGCACCCUGCCAAGAGUGGCUGAACACAAUUGAAAUUAUGUGCAACGAGAUCCUCGGCAAUUACUAUAAGAAAGAAGAUCAAUUAAUGACUGCAGCCUUCGGCACACGUCCGAAACAAAGAUUGAAUCGGGUGCUAGAUGCCAUGAAUUUUGAUUACCCUGAUUAUGAGCAACUGGGCGGAGAUGUUGAAGGCCCGAAGAGAAAAAGGAUUGCCAGCGCCCUUGACAAAGAAGGCACCAAAUUGGCUAAGAAGGACAAAGAAAUUUCUGAAAAAUUGAGCUCUGAGCCGAAGAUAGCUGUUCCAAGGAAAAGAAAAGCUGCAUCCCCAAAACCAAAGACGUCGGCCCGAGAGGAGGAAGCUCCUGCAACACCUUCUGCUGCCGAAGUGGAAGAGAUUCUGAAGGUAAUGACUGAACCUUUGCCUAUCAGGCUAAGUCCACUGGCGCCAGAACUGACGAAGUUUUUUUAGAAGGACAAAGAAGCUUCGGCAACAGAAAGUCCCGCAAAGCCGAAAAAACGAAGAAUUAUCCAAGUGGCCGAUGUCAUUCACCAGACACCGCCACCGACAUCGGCGUCAAAAAUUGUCACUGCCGAAAUCACAGCCACCGGGGCCGAAACCACUGGAGCCGAAGCCAUCGGAGCCGAAGCUACCAGAGCCGAAGCCACCGGAGCCAAAGUCGGGAUCACCGAAGAUCCUAAUCUAGAAACCACACUUGGCGAUAUUGACAAUAUACUUCUGAGAAUGGCUGAAGAAGAAGCUGCUGCGGUUGCGGUGAACAUGACAACUGAAAAAGGAAAAGAGCAAAUUAAAGACACUUUGGAAGAAGAAAAUUUUAAUUUUCAAGAUAUACUUGGACAAGAGUUAACAGACGCUGAAAAAGAAGAGCUAAAGAAAUAUGCUAUAUCCUGUGGAUACAAACCAGGGUCUCUGCUAUUUGGUGGAGUCAAUGAAGGGAAGCUAAGAUGCCUUCGGAACCGAACUGAGGCCAAGGUUGUCAGGACCUUCUCAAAAAGCGUUGGCCUGCCGAAGAUAGAAGCGGACCUCUACAGGUACCAGCGACAGCAUAUUGACGGUAGCU